CAGUCGGUGAUUCGGGAAUUAGUACGAUAGUGUUUUGUUAAGUAGUGAUUAGUGUUUUAUAUUGAUGGGCUUAGCAGUUUAGUACAAGAUUCCGUUUCUUUUGUAGUAAUGUUCAUUAAUGCUUAGCAGAGGCUAUUAGUUAUGAGGAAAGUUUGCUGUUUGAUCACUGCCAGUUUUGGCACUUUUAUUUAACAGUGCCGUGGUGCGGGAGCGGGACGAAUAACCAGUGCCGAGUGCCGAUUUUUGAUACACCUUAGUUCAGGAUAUCAAUAAAACAUUACGUCUUAGGCCUAUGGUAAACUUGGGAGGAGUAGGUAUAAUUGGGAAUUGAGCCAUGUCUGAGGAAACACUAUGCAACUUUACACCCCCAAAUUCUCCAAAUUUAGCUCAAAACAAUAUGGCUACUAAUCAGGAUGAAAGUCCUGCACUGGUGUAUGAACAAGCUUUCUCACCAAGAUGGUUUGUUUGUCUCGGGGAGGCCAAAUUGGAAAAACUCCUACUGACAUCGAAGAGUUACAUCAAAAAUGGUGAAAUCCAUCUCUUUGAGGAAUUCCCAAUAAGUAAUAUGGAAUGCAAAACUGCUAACAUUUUUAACAACAAUUUUAAUUUAGGGACGAUGUUCUUAUAUGGCUGUGAUGACGUGUUUCGAGCGUUAAGGAGUGACAUUCUGUAUCUACACGAAGCCAGCAAGUUGAAGCAAACAGAUUUUCACACGUUGAUGGAUUUUAAUUCAACUAACGACCAUCUUAAGGCUCGACAGAAUUGUGUCAGAUUUUUCAUGUGCCUGAGGGAAUACCUCAGCAGUCUCUGCAACCCAAAGUACAGUUGGCUUAUCUCCAAUGCUCUGCCAAACAUUGAAAGACAACUGAAUGGAUUUAGGUUCUUCCUCAAAAGGUUGUCUGACCUGCCCGAUUACGUUCUGUGCAACGCUGCGGUUACUAACGGAGACAAGUGUACGGAAGCUUCGUACCACCUGUACCACGGCUUGUUGGACGUCUUGUGGCUCCAGCUGACCUCUCUGUAUCUUGUGGAACGAUGUCGAAAAACAGCGGCGGAUGAUUUGCCAUCGUCACAAGAGUCUGAUGCGAGCUCCGUCACCCAAAGUGACAGCAUUGACCGACAUGUGACUGCGAUAAUUGCUGACUUAGUGCAAUUGUCCGUACUUCGCUAUGAAAAGACGGAUGUUCGAAGUCUGUUGAUAAGAUCUCCGUUCAACUGUAGCUGUGUCGCAGAAUUGUGGGUUCUAGUUACAAUAUUCGCCAACAAGCUACACACCAGAGGAAUGUGCGAGAAUUUUUCUACCAGCUUUACCAAAGUGAUGGAUCAAUUUUUGAAAUCUGGUGGGAAAAGAGAACCUUGUGGGCAGAAUUGUAGAACUUUGGCUCAAGCAGUAACUCACCCAUCAACCAGCAACCCCCACGGGUUUGCUUUAUGGCUAUUUAAGCACAUAGGGACAAUCCUGUCUGCAAAAGAGGACCUAAAACCAUUAGCAAUGAUGAGUAAUUACUCUCUGCUAGAGACAAUUGUGAGAGGUCUUCUCUCUUCUAAUGUUUCUGAAGCCCAUCUGAGAGUCUAUCUUGUGUUCCUGGAGAAGAUUCUCAUCAAGUACUUUGAUCCGGAUCCAAAAACCAUUAUAAUACUGUGGGAGUUUUUUCUGAAAAAGUUGAACUCCACAUUCUACGUACCCGGGUCUUCAAUUGACACCAUCGCAGUGAUGAGUCUAAGUGUCGCAGGCAUGGUGAAGCAAGUCAAGGCUCGCUUGUUGUCUGCUAGCAGCUGUGACAAUAGCUUCCAGAUGUUCUUGAGGAUAAUAGGAUUGUACUUGCAACGAGUGUCAGCCUUGGGCCAGAGUCAUUGGAACCAGAUCCGAGGAAGGAUUUACUCAAAAUUGUCCCCGGUGAAAGUAAACAGUCUGAAUGAGACAGGCCUUAACAAUCUCGUGGCCCUCUUUCUCACCAUGGCAGUGACAGCAGAUCUCAGUGAUGUGACCAAGAAGCUGCAGUCACUACUGGUUAGCCUUCCGGAGAGUGAAAUGGAGAGCAGCACACGUCGGUUGGUGUGGAUGUCGCAUCUGUCUGUGGGUGUGUUAUUGGCCGAGAGAGGACUAGAGAUCACCCCGGCACUGGAGCCUAUCACUAAGUGUUUAGGACAGACGACGGAAGUUUGCUUGCAUCGCACCUUCAUAGACGGGAUUAAGGACAUCAUGGAGUCAACCAACAGCUUGAAAGUCGACUACACUGCGCUAGUGGGACCCUGGAUAUCAAAGUAUCUCAGUGAGUGCUCAUCUAACGACUCAUUCCGGCUGCUGGAGACGCUAAGUUUGUUGAUAUCAAGAGUAAAAAAUCAACCGGGGGACAAUGCAUUGUUCCAACGUAGUCUAUGGCAACAUCUGAGCUUGUAUUUACGGAGGAGAGUUGUAGAGGAUAACAGUCCCCAACAGUUGGCAGACCUCUGUCUUCAGCUGUGCCUACCUGAGUGGGAGACAGCUCAGGAGGUGGUGCAACUUAUGUUGUACCACAACAACACUCAUAUCAGUCUCGUGAAGAGAUUCCUUACAAAACUGGUCCAGAAUAAUGAAGUCUUGGAAUUGUUGAGGGUAUUCCAGCAAAACCACCUUCUUGCAAGGGAAACUCUGUUGAUCAAGAGUUGGGUGAGGUGCAGUUUGUUAAGUCAAGACGUCAGUGAGUUGAGCCGAGUGACCGAGCACAUCACUAGCUUGCCGUUCGUCUCUGAAAUGUGCACAGAACUGCCUGCUGCGACGGACCCAGUCGUUCACUUCAUAGUGAACAUAUCAAACAAAUAUCAAUCACAGGAUAUUAUUGUAAAGUCCAGCAUGAGACAGUUUAUGUCCCGAGUUCUAAUUGGACUAGACCAGUGGAUUCAGCCUUACCUCAAGUGUCCUGAGCUUGUCAGCCGCAUAUACCAUGUGGUUGGCCUGAUUGUGCAGCUGUUGCCGACAUUCAUCUAUAUGAAGGCCAGACCCAAUACUGUAUUGAAAGGAUUGUUGGACGUCAUGCUUCUCCCUCAGUCUGCGUACAAGCACGGAUACGAUCCUCCACUGAAGGCUACCAUCGCCGCAGAGAUCCACCUCUACAUCAACGGACUAGCAGAUCUGUGUGUGAUGCAGGAUGGAUACAUCAACCGCUGUAUCCAGGACCUGAUCAGGAUAUAUUUACCUCUGGUCACCAGCUACGGCCAGUGCAAAUUGGCUGAGUGUGUGCAGAGGUGCGAUAAUGCUGUGAAGCUAAUACUGGACACGGUCUGCCAAGUGUUCAUAAAGAGAAAAACAUCAAAUCCCGAACCUCAUUGUUCAGCGGCUCUAAAGUUCCUGAGGUCGGUGUUGAAUUUGUACACUCUCAACAAUAAUGUGAUGAGGUUGGUGAUCAACCAUUGUUUUGAACCAAUCUGUGACGUCGUCAUGUUCUGUGAAGAGUGCCACACAGCCAAAGACCUGGCCAGAGAGGUCAUGGUGUUGUGUGUAGAAUCACACAGCUUCAGUGAAAUCAGUGAGCUCCCAAUAGAGAAGCUGCACAAUCUUUGCACCACGUAUUUGCCGUUUUCCCCGAAGCAGCUGUUCGGUCUCCUCAAGGAGUUGGUGCGAUGCAGACCCGAACUCGUUAGAACAUUCUUUCCCAAGUUGCUAGAACAUGUGAGAAUUGUAGAAGAAAAGCGGAGAGUAGCUUACGACCCAUCCCUCAGGGUACAUGUGGAAGAAUUGAAGAAUACAUUGCAAAACAUCCGGUAGGAAUAAAACUACCUAGGGUUUACGAUUCUGCUCUUUUUACAUUCAUGAUUUGGCCUGUAUGACCAUCAUUGACUGACCAGCAUUGAGCAUUUCUUAAGUUUGUUCAUAAGGUGUGGAAGUGGAAGGUCCUUAUAGGAUGACUUCUUUUUUGUAUAGGAUUAGUCUAGUAAAGGUCAAACUAAUUAACCUCAAACACACAAAAAACAUAAUUUUUUAUCAACAACAAACAUUAAAAUGAUACUCCCUACAUGAGCAUGAAAAUUAGAACAUUUAGCGGUCAAUAUUUAUUUGUGUUAAGUAAAUACCGGUGUAAAACUUUAUUGUAAGUUCAAGCUGUUCUAGUAAUUAGUAUUUAUUUAAGAUACCAUUUUUUCAGACAGAAUGUAAUUUAGUGAUUGUUAAUGGUGAUUUUUUGUCCCAUUGCUGCCAGCUUGUGUGUUUAAACAUUGUUGUAUAUAAACAACAAUAAUGACACCAACAAAUUUCAGAGUUUCAAAAUCGAAGCUAUUGAAAUGUUCAAUUUGGAAUCUCAAAACCGAAACUUUUCCAAAGUUUUGACACAUCACUAGUUGUUUGAAAGGUGAUGAAGGUCCCUGUAUGAUGAUCUCUUUUGGUAUAGGCUUAGUCGGUGUAUUGUUACUAUGACUAUUUUCAGUUCUUGAAAUGCAUCACUUUAGCUUUUUCAUACCAUCUUAGUACUGCUAGACAUCGUCUCUAGGACUAAUUAGUGGUACCUAAAAUCUUUCAUAAGGCUAAAGCUUUUACUAAAGCUAAAAAUCUAAAAAAAAUCAUUGUUUAUGACACAAACUUUGAAACUAGACUUAACAGACAAAAAAUGCAUGGAAGGAAAAAAAUUGUGUUUGUAUAAUUUGUGUUUGUAUAUAGGAAUGUGGGUCUGUUAUUAUGUAUAUUUAUUUGUAAAAAAAUAUUUGUAAUUAAUAAUCUUUUGUUUUCAUUAUAUAUAUUGAUGUUUUCUA